AUGACUACAGCAGUGUCCGCACUCAAACCGGGGGAUCCCAAACUUGUACAAGAGAUUGUGGACAAAUUAAAAUCACAAGGACUGUUUGAUCAGUUCCGCAAGGAAGGAAUGGGCGAUGUAGACACUAAGCCAGCAUAUCAGAACCUUCAACAACGAAUGGAGGGACAUGUUAGUCGUUUCCUGGAGAAGCAAGUCUGGAGCCCUGACCUUAACAAGAAUCAGCUGCGAGACCAGCUUAGAAAGCAUAUUAAUCAGUCCGGUAUAUUGGCCAGUGGUGUGGAGCGUAUUAUUGAACAGGUUGUGAAUCCCAAAAUCUUUCUGUUAAUCAAGCCACGGAUUGAUGAAGUGAUCUGUGAGCAUUUGGGUUUGGAUUUUAAGGAACGUCAAGACAAGCUUUUGCGAAAGAAACAGCAACAGCAAGCUUUGGCAGCAGCAGCAGCGGCAGCAGCAGCUGCCGCUGCUGCUGCGGCAGCUGCAAACACUGCUAUCACAGGGCAAAAUCCCUAUGGAAGUUCACUCUUCCCCUACCAACAGGCUGGAGUCUGGCAACAGCAGUUGCAGAUACGACAACAGCAGCAACCUGCGCAAGCCCAACAAGGACCUCAGACCACUCAGUCAGGAACGCAACAAAAAUCCCUGUUGCCCUUCUCCCUUCCAGACACUAGUAAACCACCCCCUGGUGCAUUCCCAAAUCAGAACAUUGCUGGCAGCAGUGGCUUUCAAGUCCCUCAAGUGCCCCCUGUCCCUCAGCAGCCGUACUCUCUGUUGCAGCAACAAUCCACCUGGAAUACUUCAACUGCAACCAGCACCACGUCAACAAGCACAACCAGCUUCCCGUCCGUUUAUUCGCACACAAUGCCACCUCCUAGUAUCCCUCUGGCAGCUGGCCCCCCAGCUACACCUCCACCGCUCAUGAGUUUCAAUGCAGUACCCCCACUUGGAACAGGGAACAAAUCCAGCAUUACUAGCACAUCCACUAAUUUGCCCAACACAAGCAUUAAAGAGAGUGGUUGUGCUUUAUUAGCUACCCCGAAUAUGUCACCAGCAAUUGCUCCUAUAACUCUCCCCCCUAUGAAUGUCCCACCACCUGGUACUGCACCUGUACCACCUGCAGCAUUGCAGCCACCUAAUCUAGGUGCACCCCCUGCUCUUCCUCCUCCAGGUUUACCACCUUUGAAUGUGCCCCCACCUUCAAUUACAGAUGUGUUAUCCCGGCCUCCUCCUAGUUUACCUCCACCAACAUUAGGACCAUCCCUCACACAGCAAAGUGGCUCGAAACCACCCACUUUGUCUUCUGUUACAGCUCCUGAAUCUCCUGUCAAGGGGCCUGUGAAAACACCCCUUUUACCAGAUCCUAUAUUACCAAAAACCUUUAACAAUCCGAUAAUGCCACCUCAACCACUUCAACAAGCUGUAUCUCCAAAUGUACCUGUUGUGUCACCUUUACUUCCACAGCCUGCCCUGCCACCAGUCCUCUCUCAGCCUACCCUGCCACCGAGCAUUCCACAAACUGCAAUAUCUCAGUCAUCAGUUCUGUCUAAAGAGCUUCCAAGCUCUAGUUCUGGAAAUAGUGAGGAAUACCAAAUCUCACCAUUACAGGAAAGUGAAACAGCUGAAGAAGCUGUUAGAAUGCAAACAGAAAUGCAAGAAAUGGUAAAGGUGCCGAAAGAGGAAUCUGGUGGCACAGGUCCUAAACUGGAAGACAUUCCAUUGCCUCAUUUGCCAUUUGUGGCACCUCCACUAGAGAAAGGCAGAGUAGAAGAUGUUAAGAGCUACAAAUAUUCAGAUGAGAAAUUCUAUGAGAAUGCUGACCGAGAAGACAGUUCAAAUGAAGAGAAAUGUCUGGAAGGGUUUAGCUCUUCAGAAAUAAAUGUAAGCAUCGAUGCUGAACCUGCAGAAAAAUCACGAACUUAUAGUUUUUCCUGGAAUAAAGAAACUGUAGAUGGUGACUUGUCAGAUGUCACAAUCAGCUCGGUACACACAAGUGACUUAUCAUCUUUUGAAGAGGAAGGCAUUUCAGAAGUGGAGAUGGAGGAAAAAAAUAUCCAGAAUUCUUUACCAAGCAAAGAGGAAAUCAUCAAUGAAGAAAACAAGCCAGAUGAGAAUGUGAUUGACCUUGGACCCUUGAAAGCAGGUAGAAAACCCAAACCUCCUCCAGCCAAACCACGGAAACUCAUUUCAUUAUCAUACAAUUAUUCUGACAGUGAUGAUGAUGAGACACGAGAAGAACGUAAAGCUCGAAUUGCUCGCGAGAAAGAAGAACGGUAUUUGCGUCGACAGCAAAGGCGAGCAGGUCUGGAAGCCAAGAGGAAAGACCGACAGGAAGUCAAGUCAAACAAUGCCCAAGUUGAAAUGGAUAAACAAAACGAAAUAACAGAUACCAUGCAGCCAACGGAUGAGAGAUUGACAGGAGCAGUGAAAGCCAAUUCUGAAAAUAAGGAAGUAGCUGCUGUUCCCCGUAAAAGAUCAAAAGAACAAAUGAAGGAAGAACUCCGAAGUCAGAAAGUAAUGGAGAAGAGGCUUGCCUUGAGACGACGGAGAACUCGAAACAGACGGUACAUGUCUGAAGAAUUUACCUCUAUCUUCACAGAGAAGAACCAAACCUUCUCGAGUCUUAGCUACCAAGAAGUUGGUGAGAGUCCACCCAGUUCCUCACCUGCUGCUGUUGCUGAUCCAUCAGGUUCAAAUGAAACUGUUGAGAUUGAUACAAGUAUCUCCCAGACUGUUGAGGUGGAUGAUAAUUUCCCUAAAUCCCCACCUACUCCGACACAAGAUGAACAUGAUCCUGAUAUUUAUGCCACAACGGCUUCUGAGGUUCUGAUAUCUGAACAGACCAGCAUUCCUAUCUAUGAAAUGGACACUUCCACAGCCUACACAGCUGCCCUGACAUUAGGUCAAAUGGAUGAGAAUAUGCAAUCGAAAGACUCUAACAACAAGAAAGCUGAAAAAACAAAUGCUGCCAACAGUGACGAGGAGAUGCCUGCCUCUUACACAGGGGUCCGGUGUACAAGUCCAUAUAGUGAUAUAUCUGAGUCCUCAAAAGAGGAUCUUAUUGAUCCUUUGCCUAAAGAGAAGAAACCUCUACGGAAAAAGAUGGAGGAGAAACUUCCCAAAUUAGAGAAAUCCCCACGAAACCUUCCUGCUGAGCCAUACAGUCGUCGACGUAGCAGCCAUGGACAUUAUGACCAUGAACCUGCUGAAAGACCUCCUCCUCUUUUGCCUAAGUUAGCAGAGCCUGAGACAAGGAGCCGUUCUGGUCAACGUUACAAUAUUGAAGACCUUUACAAGCCAAGAAUCAGUCACCGUCGAACAUCUUCAUCCAGUUCAGGACGGUAUGGCCAGUCUGAGCGACGGCACAGCUCACAACGCUAUGGUGGCAGUGAAGCUGUUGGGGUUAGUGGUGCCAGCAGCAGUGGUAUUGGUGGUGUUGCCAGUGGACUUAGCAGCAGUGGCAGUACAGUUGGUGGAGGCAGUUAUAAAGGUCACCCAGUGAGCAGCAAUUUGGCUGGUUCAGUGAGACGUCAUCACUUAUCAUCACCCCCUUCACCUCCUUUGGAAUGCAGAGGGCGACCUGCUUUACCAACAGCACGCGGAGGACCAUUACUCCAUGACAAACACAAGCUGAGAGACCAAGAUUUCAUUGGUGGCAGCAGCGGAAAUACCAGCAGUGUUGGCAGCGGAAGUGGAGGCACCGGCAGCAGUACAAGUGGCAGCGGGGGCGGUACAUCUGGGGAUGAAUCGAAACCGUUCAUGACAGACAAGGAGAAGAUGCGGGCAGAUUUACUAGCAGCAGAGAGCAAGCUGUUGAAGCAGAAGGCAAAGUUAACUGCUAUGACAGAGUCCAAAAUGAGAGUACAGAAUGCUAUGAACCCUGUGAAAGAUCGUUAUCAUUAUGACAAGCGGAACAUUACUUAUCCAAGCGUAGAAGCCAGGCCGAAAUCACCAAUCCGCUCAUUUGCUGAGACGCAUUAUAUCUCACCAGUGGCUGAUAAAGAAAUUCGUCGGAAUGUUCCUGGGAAGGAUAUGAUACCUGGUCGAGGAAGGGAGUCAUUUGGACGUAAUCCACUAUCCCCUGGUGGUCAACCACUUGGUCUACUUGAUAAAGUUUCUCCUCCCUCGGCCGAGGUUCCUGCUUCUAGACCCUAUUAUCCCGAUUCUGAGACUGGUCGAUUAGGAUCCCCUCAAGGUCGUCUUCAGUCUCCAAAUAAGAGAAACCCAGGGCGUUCACCAUCACCUGGACUGGGAUUGCAUGGUGGGCGUUCAAGACGUGGUCGGGCCGUAACUCCGCCACAUGCUCCAGAUCUGGAUCGGUCUGGACAGUGGCAGAGUCCUCCCCGCCGGCUGAGUCCACCUCCUCGUCGACCCAGCUCACCACCUCGAAGGCCUUCCACACCCCCACGGAGACCACCUUCACCCUUGCGUCGUGUGGCUUCACCUCCAAGGCGCCCAAGUUCUCCACCUAGGCGUCCUGGCACUCCUCCAAGGCGUCCAAGCACACCGCCUCGAAGACCGAGCCUUGCCCCCUCCUCACCCAUUCGAGACAGGCGUAAUGAACGGUACCUACCUCCUCAUAAACCGACAUCGUCAUCUCUGCCAUCAGGACAGCUGUCUUCGAGAGACGUCUGGCGUCACAGAAAAAGAUCUCCAGACACUUCUGACCUCAGUCAUAGAUCAUCUCUUUCUUCAAGUUGCUCAUCUCAGCUUUCCAUGCGAAGACAGCGACCUCCAUCUCCUCCUGGGCCAGGUGCUAGUAGCAGCAGCAACAGCAGUAGCAGCAGCAGUAAAAAUCGCCGAGAAAGAAGUCCCUUGUCUAAAAGACCCCGAAGAUAA